GCGAGGUGAUCAGUCUGGUCUCUACUCAGUCCGUAGCGGCUAUAGAUGGCCUGUUAACUCCACUGUUUAUGGCUCCAAUAACCCCAGCUCUUUCGAGGACGGUUGGAAAACCAAAUUUCUUCCGUUUGGGCACUCCCGCUAUCUUCCAAGAUCAAAAUUCAUUUUUGGAGGCUCAUCAACAAUUAUAUUCCAACCUUUUCGAAUUUGUUGGUUUGAAGAAUAGCGGUUCAUCCUCUUUGUCUCCUUUGCCAAUUGAAUAUUGAAUCUGUUCAUGAUUGUUCCUUUUCGCAACAGGUUUUCUCGAAAUUGGGCAUCUCCAUGGGAUCUGGUCUAGCUGAGCAGAAUUUUUUCCUAUGGUUGUCUAAUCUUUUUGACUCCCUCAGUGUUAAUGACCGUCGAAUUAUGGAGAUAAAUGCUUCUCUUCAUCAGCCUAUAACUACAAGAAAUACCUCAAACCAAUGGAUCCCUCCAUCAGACGGUAAAAUUAAAGUCAAUUUCGAUGCUAGCUUUAAUCGGUCUACUCUUCAAUCAGUCUCUGGAAUUGUUUUAAGGGAUUCAAAUGGACUUCUUAUGGCAGCGGGUACUUACCCAAAUUCUUUCAUUUUGAACCCUGAGAUGACUGAGGCGUUUGCUUGUGAACAAGCCUUGAUUUUAUCAAAGGACUUGGGUUUCCGAUGCAUCGAGGUUGAAGGGGAUGCCCUCACUGUUAUUUCUGAAGUUGUGUCUCCUACAAUGGAUAGAUCUUUAGUGAUUGCUGUGUAUUCUAAUAUUUCAGAAAAAAGGACUUUGAGUUCUUACUUUUCAUGCAUGUCAAUCGAAAGAGGAAUAUUGUUGCACAUGUUCUUGCAGAUUUGGGCAGACGGUACUCAUCGGUCAUGAUUUGGAUCGAAGAAGCUCCACCGACGGUUGAAGAGGCUUACUCAGCCACUACUUUGUUCUAUCUUUGUUUUGGUUUUUUGAUUUCGAAGUGGAUGAGUCAUCUUUUUUUCCUGGAGCUUAAU